AUGGCGACAGGCUACCUCAAGGUCGAUGGCGACAAGGUGGUGGAUGGCAAUGGGCAGCAGGUGGUGCUUCGAGGAGCGGCCAUUGGAGGAUGGAUGAACAUGGAGAACUUCAUCACAGGCUACCCGGGACACGAGUUCCAGCAUCGAGCAUCGAUGAAGAAGGUGCUGGGAGAGGAGAAGGCCGACUUCUUCUUCGACAAGUGGCUCGAGUACCACUUCACCGAGGCCGACGCUCGCUUCUUCGCCAGCCUGAAGCUGAACUGCAUCCGGCUCCCAUUCAACUACCGGCACCUGGAAGACGACAUGAACCCGCGAGUGCUGAAGGUGGCUGGAUUCAAGCACCUCGACCGAGUGAUUGAUCUGUGCGCAAAGCACCAGAUCUACACGAUCCUCGACAUGCACACCGCGCCCGGCGGCCAGAACCCGGACUGGCACUCGGACAACCCGACCAACUACGCCGCGUUUUGGGACUACAAGGACCACCAGGACCGGACCAUCUGGCUGUGGCAAGAGAUCGCCAAAAGAUACAGGGACAACACGUGGGUGGCCGGGUACAAUCCGAUCAACGAACCCUGCGAUCCCGAGCACGUCCGCCUGCCGGUAUUCUACAAACGCUUCGAGGCGGCGAUCCGUGCCGUCGACCCCCAUCACAUCCUGUGGUUGGACGGCAAUACCUUUUCGAUGGAGUGGAAGGGUUUUGACGAGGUCUUGCCGAACUGUGUGUACGCGCUCCAUGACUAUUCGAUGAUGGGCUUCCCGACUGGCGACCGCUACAAGGGCACCGAAGACCAGAAUGGCAAGCUGGAGCGACAGUUCCUUCGGAAAGCCGAAUUCAUGCUUGAACACAAAUGUCCCAUAUGGAACGGGGAAUUCGGCCCCGUCUACGCGGACCCUGCCGAGGAACAAGACGCAGCAGGCAUCAACCAGGAUCGGUACAACAUGCUCGGCCAACAGCUGAAGGUCUAUGACAAGUUCAAGAUCAGUUGGAGCAUCUGGCUAUACAAGGAUAUCGGUGUCCAGGGGAUGAUGCACACCAGCCGGAAUUCCAAAUGGAACCGAACCAUCCAGCCCUUCCUGGACAAGAAGAAGGCGUAUCGACUGGACGCGUGGGGAGUACACCACUCGGCCGAGGCGGAAGCCGCGUUGAAUCCUCUUGUGCAGUGGAUUGACAAGAUCUGUCCGACGGCGAAGGAUGCCUAUCCAGGUCCAUGGCAGACCGAGAGGCAUGUCAUGCGCGCCGUGAUCCACACGUGGUUGAGCGCCCAGUUCUCAGACGAGUUUGCCAAACAGUUCGAGGGCAUGGAUUUCAAAGACCUGGACGAACUGGCGCACAGUUUCCACUUCGACGAGUGUGUCCAGCGAGAAGGAUUGAACAAGAUCUUGACUGAGCAUGCUCCUCAAUGA